CCCACCGUUUACAUCCACCUCUAGUAUUAUCAUAUCUACCGCCACCACCUCACCACCAUCUCCACCGCUGUCUCUCCAUUUCUUUAGUGUGUGUCUGUGUGUUUUUUCUUUCUUUCCUUUUAGACUCUGUUUGUGUUGUGUACUUCCGUUUUAAAAACUUACUCUCUUUAUUUUUAAUCUUAUCCACUUCUUCUAAAUCUUAGCUUACUCUAAAAUAACUCUUACCCAAAAAAUCUAUAUCUUCACAAAUUUUCUUACUAUUUAAAGUCAUUCCCUUUUCAUUUUUUCUUUUUCUGUAUUUGUAUAUGUGAGUUAUCUUGAAUUCUAGCUUCAUACUUAAUGGGGUUUCUUUCCUUUAUCUACUAGUAGGAUUUAUGUGAAAAUCUUGAAUUUUUAAGUUUCUAUUUUUGAGUUUUUCUGAAUUUUAUCUAUAGUUGUUUAAAUUAGCUCUAAAUAAACCAUCUUUGUUCCUGAAUUAAGGUCUUAAGUAUAGUAUAGUGUUGUCUUUUUUUCUUUUCUUUUUUGAUAUUUUAAGGGAAGAGAGUUAGGGAGGAAAAAAAAAGAAUUAAAAUGGAUCAGAGUAGAUUUCAGCAGCAACCAAUAAAUUCAGGUUUAACUAGGUAUAGAUCUGCACCAAGUUCUUAUUUUUCUAGCUUAUUAAGUAGUACUCCUAGUAGUGGUGGUGGUACUAAUAUUACUAGUGGAGGUUGUGGCUAUGCAAGAGAUGAUUUUUCUCAAUUACAAAAUUCUCGUGGUUCGAAUAGUACUGAUAUAGAACAAGUUUUCGCGAAAUUUGUAGCUAGUAUUGGUAAUCAGGGCUCGAAUUCGGGUAGUUUUAGUAGUACUCAACAAAUUCAGGAUAAUCCUACGAGUAAUAUGAAUGUGAGAUCAGAUUUUAUUGUUCCUAAACAAGAGGUUAAGCAGCAGCACGAGCGAUUAACACGACAUAGGAGUAGUGAUUACUCUUUAGUUUCACUGAUGAAUUAUCAAACUCAAGCUCAACAACAGAGCCAGAGCCAGUUUAUUUCAUCUGUGAAACAAGAACCUGAAAUGAAUUACCAAAACUUAGCUCCACAACGAAUUGACAAUUCGAAGGUGGCUACUUCAUUGGCGGCUGUAGAUAAUUCAUUUACAUUCAUGACUUCAGUGAAUUCGACUGGUGUUUCACCUGUGAAUAUAGGUGGUAGAGUUGGUGCUGGUGCUGGUGUUGGAGUUGGUGGUGGUAAUACGAAUCUUACUCGUUAUAACAGUUCGCCUGCUGGAUUCUUUGACUUGAUCAAUAUUGAAAAUGAAUAUGGUGGUAUGCGAGGCAUAGGGAGUUACGGAACUGGUGCUAAUGCUACAACAGAAGCUUCGUUGUUGUCUUCGAAGAGAUUCAAGACUCAAGUGGGAAUCUCAUCGGGGAAACCUCCUGCUUCUCCAGGGCUAAUGACUCCAAUCUCUGAAAUUGGAGAUAAAGUCGUGGAAGAAAACAGCAUAGGCGAUGAACAGAAGAACGAUGAGAGUUGCAUUACAGAUUUCCCUAUUCCUUCUUGGGAAGAUUCACAUAUUCUGUCCGACGAUUUCCUCAAAGCUGAAGACAUUGAGAUUGAGCCAUUCUCUAAUGUAAAUGCAUCUAAUAUUCAGAAUAGUGAAGGUCUAUCUCGUCCGCCAAUUCCAUUAUCUCAUCAUUUGAGUUUGCCCACAAGUACAUUGGAGAAACUCUUGCAAGAUUCAACACCCUUAAAUGUCAGAGCAAAGAGAGGUUGCGCCACUCACCCUCGUAGCAUCGCAGAAAGGGUGAGAAGAACAAAAAUAAGCGAUAGAAUGAGGAGGCUGCAAGAUCUUGUUCCUAACAUGGACAAGCAAACAAAUACAGCAGAUAUGUUGGAUUUUGCUGUAGAUUACAUUAAAGAGCUGGAGAAACAAGUCAAGAUACUAGCAGAAAAGCGCGCCAAAUGUACUUGCACGAAUAAGUAAAAGAGCCACAUAUCAAAAGUUGAGGGCAGGACAGCCUUUUAUAUUUUGAAGGAAGAUAAAAAGGAAUUGGCAAUGGAAAUAGCAAGCAGAAGUGGAUUCCCUUUUGGGAUUGGCAUUUUGGUGGGUAGAAGCAAAUACAUUUGAUGCAACAUAAUAGAGUUUGCGCCGCACCUCGAGUAUUCCACCGGAUAUUUACUAUCUUCUACUAUCAUAGCUCGAGUAUUCCACCGGAUAUUUACUAUCUUCUACUAUCAUAGCUCGUGGAAUACUUGCUAUUUCCUAUCAAUACCACUAUCGAGUAACUCUAUCCGGCGCAAGGCAUAACGUAAUGUAAUGUAAUGUAAUAAACUUAACUGUACAUAUACUUUUAUUGUCUAUUUUACUUGACCUUUUGUGUCUAUAAAAGGUAUAGCAUGUUGGAACUUGUGUUUUUUGUGGAACAUUUUAGGUGAAAGAUAGUUAGCUCUCCUUUAUGAUGUAUACACGUGUCCAAUUUGCCUCCGA